AUGGGUCCGGCACCUGAGGACAGGGGUGUGGCCAGGGGCGGGCUCAUGGGAGAUGGGCGUAGUUUGUGGGCGGGGCUCUUCUCUAGGCCGGACCCUGGAGCUCUAGGGCGCCUGCGCAGGAAGGUAUCUUCAGCAAGAAAGUGUGGGGAUCUAGUGAAGUCUUCACUAGCAGCCAACAUCCCAGUCCGAUAUACACAGGGGCAUCCAUCUCAUCGUUUAUCCCAUCUUUUUUCAGAACAUGAAAGAUAUCUGCAAGCCAACAACAAAGAAUUCAACAGUAUUUUUGUAUAUCCGAACAAUACCAUCAAGACCUCAAAAUAUAGUGUCUUUAAUUUCCUACCCCUGAACCUAUUUGAACAGUUCCAGAGACUUGCAAAUGCAUAUUUCCUCAUUUUGCUAUUUUUACAGUUGAUUCCUCAGAUCUCCUCCUUGACAUGGUAUACAACUAUGACACCCCUGAUAGUGGUGCUGUCCAUAACAGCCGUGAAAGAUGCCAUCGACGACCUGAAAAGGCAUCAAAGUGAUGAUCGAGUCAACAACCUGCCUGUUCUGCUACUGGUAAAUGGCAAGAUGAAGGAGGACAAAUGGAUGAAUGUUCAAGUGGGAGAUAUAAUAAAACUAGAAAAUAAUCAACCUGUCACGGCAGAUGUACUAUUACUCUCUAGCAGUGAGCCAUAUAGUCUGACAUACAUAGAGACAGCAGACCUGGAUGGUGAAACCAACCUGAAAGUGAAGCAGGCCAUCUCAGUUACCAGUGACAUGGAAGAUCGCCUGGAGCUUCUGUCUGCCUUUAAUGGAGAAGUGAGAUGUGAGGCUCCCAAUAACAAAUUGGACAGAUUCUCAGGUAUACUGACCUAUAAGGGGAAAAACUACUUCCUGGACCAUGACAAGCUGCUACUCCGAGGCUGCAUCAUCAGGAAUACAGACUGGUGCUAUGGCUUGGUGAUCUAUACUGGGCCAGACACCAAAUUAAUGCAGAACAGUGGAAAGUCCACUUUUAAACGAACACAGAUAGAUCAUCUCAUGAAUGUCCUUGUACUCUGGAUUUUCCUGGGUUUAGGCAUCAUAUGUUUUGUCCUAGCAGUUGGGCAUGGCAUUUGGCAGAACAAGAAAGGCUACUACUUCCAGAUUUUUCUGCCGUGGGAAAAAUAUGUCUCUUCAUCAGCUGUCUCUGCCAUCCUCAUAUUCUGGUCCUAUUUCAUUAUUCUCAAUACCAUGGUGCCCAUUUCCCUCUAUGUCAGUGUUGAAAUAAUAAGAUUGGGUAACAGUUUAUAUAUCAACUGGGAUCGGAAGAUGUUUUAUGCACCAAGGAACACGCCAGCACAGGCUCGUACUACCACCCUUAAUGAGGAGCUCGGCCAAGUCAAAUAUGUGUUCUCUGACAAAACAGGGACUCUGACUCAGAAUAUUAUGAUUUUCAACAAAUGUUCUAUUAAUGGGAAGCUCUAUGGUGAUACUUACGACAAGGAUGGACAGAGGGUGACAGUCUCUGAGAAAGAAAAGGUUGACUUCUCCUACAACAAACUGGCUGAUCCUAAGUUUUCAUUUUAUGACAAGACUUUGGUGGAAGCAGUGAAAAAGGGAGAUCACUGGGUGCACUUGUUUUUCCGCUCACUCUCAUUGUGUCAUACCGUGAUGUCAGAAGAAAAAGUAGAAGGCAUGCUGGUGUACCAGGCUCAGUCACCAGAUGAAGGUGCCCUGGUCACUGCUGCCAGGAACUUUGGCUUCGUGUUCCGUUCCCGCACGUCUGAGACAGUCAUAGUGGUCGAAAUGGGGAAAACCAGAGUCUACCAACUGCUGACUAUUUUGGACUUCAACAAUGUGCGCAAGAGGAUGUCUGUUAUUGUGCAGACGCCUGAAGAUCGGAUAAUGUUGUUUUGCAAGGGUGCAGACACCAUCAUCUGUGAACUGCUUCAUCCAUCCUGUAGUUCCCUCUGUGAUGUGACCAUGGAACAUUUAGAUGAUUGUGCCAGUGAAGGCCUUCGCACCCUAAUGGUGGCCUACCGAGAGUUGGAUGAAGCAUUCUUUCAGGACUGGAGCAAGAGGCAUACUGAAGCCUGCUUGUCUUUGGAGAAUCGGGAAAGCAGAUUAUCAAGUGUCUAUGAAGAAGUCGAAAAAGACUUGAUGCUGUUAGGGGUCACAGCCAUAGAAGACAAGCUACAAGAUGGAGUACCUGAGACAAUCAUCAUCCUGAACAAAGCCAAAAUUAGACUGUGGGUUUUAACUGGAGAUAAGCAAGAGACUGCUGUGAACAUUGCCUAUUCCUGUAAUCUAUUUGAGGAUGAAAUGGAUGAGGUGUUCGUCGUGGAAGGCAGGGAUGAUGAGACUAUUCGGAAAGAACUCAGGACAGCAAGGAACAAGAUGAAACCCGAGUCUCUCCUGGAUUCAGACCCCGUAAACAUUUACCUCACCACGAAGCCCAAACUGCCUUUUGAAAUACCCGAGGAGGUGGCCAAUGGCAACUAUGGCUUGAUCAUCGAUGGCUACAGUCUGGCCUAUGCUCUAGAAGGGAACCUGGAGUUGGAACUGCUGCGAACAGCGUGCAUGUGCAAGGGGGUGAUCUGCUGCCGGAUGACACCCCUUCAGAAGGCCCAGGUGGUAGAGCUGAUGAAGAGGUACAAGAAGGUGGUGACACUGGCCAUCGGGGAUGGGGCCAAUGACGUCAGCAUGAUCAAAGCUGCCCACAUUGGGGUUGGCAUCAGUGGCCAGGAGGGACUGCAGGCCAUGCUCAACAGUGACUUCGCCUUCUCCCAGUUCCAGUAUCUUCAGCGUCUACUCUUGGUCCAUGGCCGCUGGUCUUAUAAUCGCAUGUGCAAGUUUCUCAGCUACUUCUUUUAUAAGAACUUCACCUUCACCCUGGUGCACUUCUGGUAUGCCUUCUUUAAUGGAUUCUCCGCACAGACAGUUUAUGAGACCUGGUUUAUCACGUGCUACAAUCUGGUCUACACUUCCCUCCCUGUCCUGGGCAUGAGUCUGUUUGAUCAGGAUGUGAAUGAGACAUGGAGCCUCCUUUUCCCAGAGCUGUAUGAGCCAGGCCAGCACAACCUCUAUUUCAACAAAAAGGAAUUUGUGAAGUGUUUAAUGCAUGGGAUCUACAGUUCCUUCGUGUUGUUCUUUGUCCCCAUGGGGACUCUUUACAAUGCAGAACGAAAUGAUGGGAAGGACAUCUCCAACUACCAGUCCUUCUCCCUGGUGGUGCAGACCUCCUUGAUCUGGGUGGUCACAAUACAGAUCGCCCUGAGGACAACCUACUGGACAAUGAUAAGCCAUGUCGUCAUCUGGGGUAGCCUGGGUUUCUACUUUUGCAUGUUGUUCCUUCUGUACAGCGAUGGCUUGUGCCUAGCAUUCCCUGACGUCUUCCAAUUCCUAGGUGUGGUCAGGAAUGCUCUGAACCAGCCGCAAAUGCUUCUGAGCAUUAUCCUCAGCGUGGUCCUCUGUAUGUUGCCUGUGAUUGGGUACCAAUUUCUUAAACCACUAUUCUGGCCUAUCAGCGUAGACAAGGUUUUUGACAGAAUUCAAGAGUGCAGGAGACUUCCACGGCAGUCCCCAGUCCAGACCAAACUGAAACACUCAAGCACUCGACGUUCUGCCUAUGCAUUCUCCCAUAAACAUGGCUUUGGGGCCCUCAUCACUUCUGGCAAGACAGUGAAGUCCAGGAUGUCCAAGAAAAACACCGAAGAAUUAGAGUCCCUGGGAAGCCAGCAUAAACCUGCUCCUUCAUUCUCACUAGGGACUAAGCCUCCUAAUUGUCCAGAAGGCUAUGCCCAGGAUCCUUGGGAAUUAUUUGAUUAUAUUAGUGGUGAGAGGCUUCGAUUUCCUUUGACCAGGUUCCUAUUUUACAAUUUCCACACUAGGUUCUACUGGGAAGCCAACGUUGAGAACCGCCGCCCCAGGCGAAGCUGGGCGCCCACACCCACCGGCCAUGGAGGCCCGCGGACCCGCGCCCUAGGUUUCCCUGGGUUCCGGUACCCGGGAGGCGCGCGUCGCCAGGCACCACCCCGCGGGGGCGGGCGCGGGCUGCAGAAGGCGGGGCCACGGCGGAAGCCUCGCCGCUCCCCUAGCGGGAAAGCUCUGCGCAUCGGACCAUCGCGCCAGGCCGACGGGGGCCGGCGUUUCCAAACCGCCCGGAGGGAGGGGCCGCCGGCGCCUCUACCCUGCAACGCGACCCCUGGAGGGCGCGACACGCCGCCGCCGCCGGCGCGGAAGGACGAGGCUGAGGCGAGAAACGAGACAGACCUCGUCCCCAGCCCUUCUGACCCACGGCCUUCUCCUGACCUUUCAGCCCUGCGUCCACGGGACCUUCAAACACCCACCACCCACCCUCCCUUUAGGCGCUACCCCAGAUGCAUCCCCAACCGUCUCCUCAAAUUGCCCCCUUGGGGACACCCUCCCCCACAGAACAACUCGCGGCCAGUAGUCACCUUGGUACCCCAAGACCCUGUGACGGCUUUAGGGAAGCGCGGCCGCCCGGCACCCAGGCCCGCCACUGCAUCGGGGUCCUCCCUACUGCCAGUUCCCGGCCGGGUCCUCUGCUCCCUCCACCCUUUUAGUCCCUGCCUCCCGUUAUUAUCUGCCCGGCGUCGGCGUCGCUUCAGUCUCCGUCCCUCUGCCAUCCAGUUUUACCUGGAGAAAACCUUUGGCUUGGCAGUACCCAUCCCCUACUACUGCACUCACUUGCCGCGAAGGGCACGGUGA